AUGUUUUGGGAUUUCGAUCUGAAUGUCCUUCUCCCUUGUCUGGUUCCAGCCAAUACAACAGCGCUACACCAUAGGGUGGAUUAUCGCCGAGGUUACCUAGUGAACCUUGGGGACACCAUAAACCUUACGUGCCCCUACACAGCCCCCUUCUACAAAUGGACCCCGGCGGCACAGGCGUCUUGGAUCCUCUCGGAGGACCAAAUGUACUCCCUCAAGGCGGACAGUCUCUCAGUCACCGGAAAGUACAUCUGCAGCGCCGUCAACGGAUUCGGCCACAAUGCAGCUGAGUUCAAUAUCAAAACAAAUUCUCCCCAGCAGUUGAGCAAAGCUGUGCACUCCUAUCGAACGGUCGUGUUAGUGACUCUGGAUCUUUUGCACACGCCUCUUCAAACCAUGACUGACUAUGGUGAUGUGAUGUAUGAGUUUGAAAUGCCACUAGGUCCGUGUUUUCUCAACACCUACUCGGAGGCGGAACUGUCACAGCUACAGGCAUGGGGCGAAGACGUGAACUUGGACUGCGAGAGCGUUGCCGUUGAAGGCCUAGCAGAGCGGGUGGCAUACACGUGGAUAUUUCAUCCACUCAAUUCAAUAGACAUCAGUUCGCACCUUGACGAGCCGGACACCUACCCGCCCCUUUAUCCCAGUGACCGUGAGAGGCCUCCCCGCAUGACGGCCAAGAAGGAGAGCACCGACCUGACGCCCGCAGAGGCGGUCGCCCGCUUCACCGGAUCCACCCUGCGCAUUCGGAAGAUUACUCUGGCUCAUGCUGGCGAGUACCGGUGCUCCGUUUACGUGGAUGCCAAACUAGGCAACCUGUCGGGCGCUUUGACCAUCGGUAAACUCUUGCGGACAUUCAGAAUUCGUGUUCAGCCAAGAUCAGAAGGAGAAAUUAUUCAGGGCCCUCAUAAUAUAACCACGACUGUCGAACUAGGAAGCGACGCCGCUUUUCCUUGUGAAAUAAAUGAGGAAGAACACCGGUCAGCAACCAUACGUUGGGGCAAAUAUAUAUCCUUGGAUGAAUCUGGUACGACUGACUCUCGAACAAACGAAGUUCUUCACUGGUCGGGUGGCACGUACGUUGUGCUGCCAACUAUUCUGCCUCAAGACCUACAACAAUUCUUCGAUAUUCCCAAGCCACUGGCUGUUAGCAAUCCCGGCUCUCGGCGCAGUCGUCUCGUCCUAAGGUCAGCUUCACCGCGUGAUGCCGGUCUGUACAUAUGCUCAGUCAUAACUGAAUCCGGCCGGGACGAUCAUAAGUUUGUGCACAUUUCCCUUAAAGAUGGUGACAAAAUAAUCGAGGGCUUGGGUGAUGUUCGAGAGACAACUCCACGCCACUUAACUAUUUACAUAGUCGUACCAAUUUGCGUUUUCCUGGUCUGCAUCUGCGCAGUUGCUUCGGUCAUUAUUCGGAAUCGCAGUCGUCUGAACCGGCAACGAACUCAACGAAACGACCAGAAGGCUUUCUUCAUCAGCCAGGGCAUGGGAGCAUCGGGUGAAAAACCAAGCCUCAACUCCUCCCAUCGCUUCCUUGAUCAUAGUUCCCUCACGGGAAGCGCCUCAAUGACAUUUACGAGAGGUGGAAGUCCCCAGCACCAGGGCAGAUCGACAGUUUCUUCCAAAGUGUCUCCAGCCGCUCAUGUGCAGAUACGUUCCUCACCCAUGAACAGUACCACCAACACCAGCACCAGUCAGCUGCAACCCAUGCAGUUCUCGCCCAGCCACAUGCAUCCCUCUCCGUACGUCUACCCCAGUCCCACUACCGAGUGCGCCUACCUCUCUGCUGAAGGUGUCCCUAUGCGACCGCCUUUUCCCUCACCCUCAAUCCCCACCUAUGCGUCUCCGGCAUACAUGAACGGACACGUGCCCAAUAUUGAAUUCCAAAGGUAUCCCCAGGUGAAGGGUGUAUCGUACAGUGGCUAUCCGCAAUCAGGUGGAUCCAGUGCCUGCACCGCUGACAUUGGUCUCGACCAGUCAGGCAAUCCGUUUAUAACAGGAAGUGGUCCUCAGUGCGAUCCCGUUAACGGCCAAGAGUCUCAGAAUAGGCGAUUCCUCUGCGCAAGUCCGUCAAGCGGACAGGAGAAUACAAGUCACCUGCGGACGUCCAUGCUGAACACUAAACCACUAUGGAAGCCUGGUCGUCCAAAUAUAGCCUACAUUCCUGGAACCACUGCUCUGAUGUCAAGAUUAAGAAAACGCUUACUUCUUCCCACUGAGAUUGCAAGGCCUCCCACCCCAAGUUUCGCCCCCAUAGACAUCAUUGAUGUCGCCAUUACACCGCUGGUGGCCACAAAGAGGAGUAUUGUCGAUCUCGCCCACCCGGCUCCAAAGUAG